AUGCCGGAAGAUGAGCCCCUCAGGUCAGAAGGUGUCCCAUAUGCCACUGGAGAAGAGCAGAGGGCUACUAGUAGUAGUAGCACCAGAAAGAGUGAAGGGAUUGGGCCAAAGCCGAAAGGAUGCUCAGCUGUGGAUGUAUCUAGUGGUGAAAGGAAAGUCCGAUGCUCAGUUGCUGCAGGCACUUACCUGCCACCCCUCCAGCAGGUAUUUCAAGCUCCUCGUCGGCCUGGGAUAGGAACUGUUGGGAAGCCCAUCAAGCUCUUGGCCAAUUACUUUGAGGUGGACAUUCCCAAAAUCGAUGUCUAUCACUAUGAAGUUGACAUCAAGCCGGACAAGUGUCCACGCAGAGUCAACAGGGAGGUUGUGGAAUAUAUGGUACAACACUUCAAACCUCAGAUCUUCGGAGACCGGAAACCGGUGUACGAUGGAAAGAAGAACAUCUACACCGUCACAGCUCUGCCUAUUGGAAAUGAAAGGGUUGAUUUUGAGGUGACAAUUCCAGGGGAAGGCAAAGACCGAAUAUUUAAGGUCUCCAUUAAAUGGAUGGCUAUUGUGAGUUGGCGGAUGCUUCAUGAAGCUCUAGUGAGCGGGCAAAUCCCUGUCCCUUUGGAAUCCGUCCAGGCCCUUGACGUCGCCAUGAGGCAUCUGGCUUCCAUGAGGUAA